AUGCUCGCUCCGCAUUUUCCACCAACAGUAGAGCUUCUUGAGGUGUUGGGUAGCAGGGCACUCCCCGCCAAGGCUAACCGAGACAAGUAUAAGUGGUUUUACCUUCUCGAGGCUUAUCAAGUUUGGCCGGAAUCGAAGUUCGCUGCCCUUGGCGCAUUCAUAUUUCUUCAAUUUAUUUCUUCCGCGAUUGUCGCUCCUGAGAUUGUUGAUGUUACGGUGCCCAGAGAUGACAGCGGAGUCAUCCGCCGGGGUCUAAUGGUAAUAGCAAAGGGCAAGCUGCUUGUGCUGGGUAUGAGAAGCGGUUCCAUUGUCACCUCUACUUUCACCCCAAAGUCCAGUAUUCCAGCCCACCCCAUCUAG